CUCCGUGCCCGCGGCCCGCCCAGCCCAGCCCAGCCCAGCCCGGUCCGGCCCAGCCCAGCCCAGUCCAGCCCAGCCCGCUCCGGCGGCUCCGCCAUGUCCGGCCUGAGCCCCGGCGUGCCCCGCCGCUUCCAGGAGCUCACCUUGUGCCGCGGCUACGGGCAGCCGCAGCCGGUUCACCCCCGGUUCCGGACCGCCAACCAGAGCUACGGCAGCAGGGCCCCCACGGUGCAUGAGCUGCCGAACUCCUUCCACUCCAUGCCGCACAAGUUUUCGGAUCAUCUGGGCAAGGCUGGCAUGUACAGGAACAACAGCCUGAACACGUCGGUGGAGUCGAGCCACUGCACGGGCCCCGACACCUUCAUCACCGCCUACGAGCACCGGGAUUUCCACCCCAGCUACAACCGCAGCGGCCCCUCGCACUGCAGGGACCAGCCCUAGGCAGGCACCGCUGCGGCUUUUGCUGGGGAAAAACACCCACGGCCAGCCCUGGUGCUGAACGGACCCACUGGGUUAUAGAGGGAAUGUUAUUAGGGUAAUAUAUUAAAGGUUUAAUGUGGUUAAGUGUCAGGAAGCUCAUGUGAAGGAUUUAACAUAAUUUGUCAGUGGUAUAUAAAUACUGGAAGAAUAUAAAUUCCAUAUUUACGCUCUUCUCUGUCACUAAUGAUCCUUUACACUCUUGCCUCAUGUACCACAUAUCAUGAAAAAUUAAAAUCUAAACUGCUUCUUUACUAUUUAAUGAAUAAUCAAUCUGCAGGUUUUCCAGAGUUAUUCAUUAACUCUUUGGAUUUCUUGUAGAAAGUUCACGUUUCUUCUCUCUCAAAAUUACAAAGUUUUAAGAAAUUAUUCAAAUCAUGACAAGUAAGCAAAAAGAUUUUUUAAAAAGUUUUAUUGGAACAACUGUACAGGCAAAGAAACUGCAUCAGUUGCACAGUGACUGCACUGAGAGAACACCUGAACAUUUUUGGCUUAAAAAUGAAUUUUUAAGAGAAACUACUCUGCCUGUUUAUGAGAAACAGUCCCACCUUACAAGUGUAAGACAACAUUAAAAAUAAGCAGAAUAUUAUUCAAACUGUUUGCUAAAAAUAUAAAUAAUGAGUGUGACAUUAUGUCCAAACACCACUGCAAUUGAUACUCUUCACAUGUCAGAAAUAUUCCAUUUGUGGCAUGUGCUAAGAGCUGGGUAGAUCCCCCUCUGCUGCAAACACACCAACAAAUUGGAAUAGAUAAAUAAACUGAGCAGAAAUGGGUCUGAAAAGUUAACAUUUCAAAGAUUUAACAUCUGAAAAUAAACAAGAAACCCUCUUCCAUUUGCUGUGAUUCUCAUAUUAGACUCUAGACAAUACCUGGAGCUUCUUAGAACUUCCCUUUCUUCUCCUGAAAUGAGAAAAUAACAAAGUGCUGAAUCAAUAGAAAUAAUUGUGACAAUGUUACUUAUAUUUUCAUCCACACAUUUUUCUGCAGGUGGCAUAAUUUAGGGAUAAGGCUGCCUCUUAAAAAUAUAAACAGAGUGGAUUCUGUCACAUAUUUUCCCACUCCAUCUGAAAACACCCACCUCUUCUUUCUUGCCUCAUUUUUUUCCUUUUAUUCCUGAAACCAAAUCUUUUGAAGAGUUUGGCAUGCAGUGUAUCUAAGUGUUCAGAGGUUAGACCAAAUACACUUUUUUUCAAAGAAAUACCUGUACAAAUUGAAAAUAUCAUCUUCAAAAUUACUCAUUUUACCACACAGGAUCUAAGAUCAUCCAAGUGGUUUAAUCACCAAUUAAACAAAUAAAUUAACAAGUUUUGUGCUCUGAGUGGAAAGAGAAAAUAGCAUUGUGCAUUUUUUAAAAACAUGAACCAGCACUCAUUAAAAAAAAAAAACAAAAAACUUUGGAAAAGCUGA